AUGGAGCAACUCCCCGGCCCCGCUGCUCCCCAGAUGGCGCUGCUGGAUGCCGCUGCCCGUCCCGAGGACGAAGGUUUGCCCGCAGGGUUCCCGGAGGCGCCGUGCCCCAGGGAGGAGGAGGAAGAGGAGGAGGAGGAGGACAGGCGGAGGAGCCCCAGGCCCGUCACCUUCACGCUGGGCACCGAGGUGCUGGGGCUGGGCCCCGAGGGGGAUUUCCAGACCCCCGACGCCGAGGUCUACAUGCACUUCUUGAGGAGCCACUGCUGCUACGACGCCGUCCCCACCAGCUGCAAGCUCGUCGUCUUCGACACCAGCCUGGAGAUCAAGAAGGCUUUUGUGGCGCUGGUGGCCAACGGGGUGCGCGCCGCCCCGCUGUGGGACAGCAAGACGCAGAGCUUCGUGGGGAUGCUCACCAUCACCGACUUCAUCAACAUCCUCCACCGCUACUACCGCUCGCCCCUGGUUCAGAUCUACGAGGUGGAGGAGCACAAGAUUGAGACGUGGAGAGAGGUGUACCUGCAGGGCUCCUUCAAGCCGCUGGUCUACAUCUCACCGAGCAAUAGCCUCUUCGACGCCGUCUACUCCCUGAUCAAGCACAAGAUCCACCGCCUGCCCGUCAUCGAGCCCACCUCGGGCAACGUCCUGCACAUCCUGACGCACAAACGCAUCCUCAAGUUCCUCCACAUCUUCGGCUCCACCAUCCCCAAGCCGCGCUUCCUGAAGAAAACGGUGCAGGAGCUGUGCGUCGGCACCUUCCGCGACGUGGCCGUGGUGCCCGAGACCGCCCCCAUCUACGCGGCGCUGGAGAUCUUCGUGGACCGCCGCGUCUCCGCACUGCCCGUCAUCAACGACGCCGGGCAGGUGGUCGGGCUCUACUCCAGGUUCGAUGUCAUUCACCUGGCGGCCCAGAAGACCUACAACAACCUGGACAUCAGCGUGCGCGAGGCGCUGCGGCAGCGCACCGUGUGCCUGGAGGGGGUCCUCACCUGCUACCCCCACGAGACCAUGGAGGACAUCAUCGACCGCAUCGCCAAGGAGCAGGUCCAUCGCCUGGUUCUGGUGGACGAGAACCAGUACCCGCGGGGCAUCGUCUCCCUCUCCGACAUCCUCCAGGCCCUCGUGCUCACUCCCGCAGGUAUCGAUGCGCUUAACUCUUAG